AUGAUCGUCGCGAAACAACCCCCAUCAAAUCUUAUUCGCAUUGGUUCAACCCUCUGUAUCUUUCUAGCCGAAGGCGCACAGCUACUCCAAGAACUGAGUGUUCCAAAUAUCGUCGAACUCAAGUUCUCUCCGCGCGGAACAUACCUCUCAACAUGGGAGCGGCCAGUCAAGCUGGAAGGCGCCCAACAUAAGAAUCUCUGUGUCUUCUACGCCUCCACUGGCGAGGAGCUCAUCUCCUUUACACAAAAGUCGCAGGAGAACUGGGACCUUCAGUACACCAUAUCUGAGUCGCAUGCCAUUCGUCUUGUUGCUCAGGAGAUCCAGGUCUAUCGCCCUGCUGAAUGGGGGAAGGGCAUUGCGGAUCGGCUGCGCGUUGAAGGCGCAUCGAUGGUCUCCCUGGACUGA